GUCUUAUUUAACUAAGAGCAAUCGUGUAACACAAUAUAACCCAGUUGAAGACGAAACGGGACGGCCUGGGCAUUAAACCAUUCACACCCCUUCGGUAACUAUGACAAUUUCCAUCGUUCUCAGCCAAUCACAAUCUUAAUAUUUUGUCUCCCAUACACGUUUUACGCCAUCUUGAAAUGACACCCGCAGUUUGUUAAAUCGCUCCCAAAAAAAAAGGCACAACAACUAUUUUCAUGAUCGCUUGUUAUCCGGUAUGAACGGUUCACGAAACAAACCGGCACCGACAGUUAUUAAAAAAGCGACGGCGGACGCAGACACCGGCGCGGAGACGAAGCACCGAAAGACUGGCGGAGGAAUGCUGAAGAAGCUGAAGUCGAGGCGCAGUCAGACGGAGAAGUGGCCUGUGGUCACAGAGGAUGAGCUCCGGGCUCUGGGGAAAGAUAUUACCCCGGACAAUGUGCUGGGUCUCCGGGCAGUCACGGAGGACUAUCUGUGCAAACCUGAAGACAAUAUCUUCAACAUCGACUUCACACGUUUCAAAAUCCGAGAUCUGGAAACGGGAACGGUGCUGUUUGAGAUCGCCAAACCUCCUAACAGCGGUCCUCUGGAGGGUGAAGAGGAGAGUGGAGAUGUAGACACCAGUGCAGGACGGUUUGUGCGAUAUCAGUUUACACCAGCCUUCCUAAAACUGUGCACGGUUGGUGCGACUGUGGAGUUCACGGUGGGCGACCGGCCCAUUAACAGCUUCCGUAUGAUUGAGAGGCAUUACUUCCAGGGACGCCUUCUCAAGAACUUUGACUUUGACUUUGGCUUUUGUAUUCCCAACAGCCGCAACACAUGUGAACACAUUUAUGAGUUUCCGCAGCUUCCAGAAGACCUCAUUCGCCAAAUGGUGGCGCACCCCUACGAGACCAGAUCAGACAGUUUCUACUUUGUGGACAACAAACUCAUCAUGCACAACAAGGCAGACUACGCCUACGACGGUGGGCUGUAAUACCUGAAGGGGGGGGGAAUGUUUGCAAUACUUCAGAGGGGAUCGAUCUCCCUGCAUUACAACCAUCCAAAAGCUUCUUCUUUGGGGGACAGAAGUUUUCUCUCCAUUGUGUUCACGUCCUUCACGACGGACCACGUCUGCCUUCAUACGAAAUCAUGGAUCCAUUCAUCAGAACCUCAUUGAGCUCCGUUUCUGGGAGUCUGAGGAACGUUUGGUCAAAUAUUUUCUUUCCCUCUGUCUUUCAGUUUGUCAUAAAGUCACAUGUAACACUUUUGCCUUAAGUUUCUUGCCGUCUCUGCUGGAAAGGGACACUUUGAGUCACAGACCUCCAGACUGUGUUAGUUAUAACUCCAUUAGCUUUAGUGUAUAGAUGUUUAUUUGUGUUUCCCGCAUGGAGAAGCGAGCAUUAACUAGAUGUUUUACAGUAUCGUUAGUCGUAGAUGAUCAUGUAGCACUAGUUGACAUUGUUUGAGUUUCAUUCUUGCUUAAAUAUCUACUCCGUUGUGAGUCAUUGGGACGGUUUGUGUCAGAUAUUUAAGCUUGGUGUCAGUUUCAUGAGGAAUAAUCUUAAGUAGGACAUUUAUUUUCGCUUCAAGAAUAGCAAGAGCUCUUUUCAUGAUGCCAGGUGUCGCGUUCAGCCCACUGGGAUACAUGAGAAGGACAAGAUAGCAGCAGAAUCGGAGUUCCUGCACUUGCUUUAUAUGCUGUCCAUGUCUUAAACGGUUUGGUCUUCCCACUUCAUCCACUCCAUUGUGUAAGCACACGGUUAUUUACUCCCUUGAGGUCUUUCUGGUUGAUUUGGCACAACAGCACUGUGAAUCCCCGUCUUUAGGAGCCGAGUUUGUCCAGCGAUGUGGUAACCCUAUUAAACUGGUCGCUGAUGUAUCUUCUGCUGCUCUGCGCUCAGGUUCUCAAUCUACCAAUGAUGUACCACCGAAGCACACAGCAUGACAAUACAGAGUGUCGUCGCUUGGUAGUUUAUUUGUAAUGAGGCAGACACACAAGCUGACCUGUUCUACGGACUAUACUGGUGGUUUUGCAUAUUGUAGCACACACAAGUCUAUUAGUUAGACCCGUGCAAUGCAAUGCAAUUUGCACAAUAGACCUGCAAUUAUUUUAAUUUCAUUAUCUUCCUGAUUUAUAAAAUUGUAGAAAUGACUCAAACUGAUUUAAUCGAUUCUCAAAACGGUUGCGAUUUAAUUUAAUAGUUUAUAACUAAUUGAUUAUUCUGUGCAGCUCUACUUCCGAAAGGUUGGGAUGUCUGUCACGUCAUGUCCAGUCUGAUUGUGAUUAGUUCCUUUUCUCUGAUUGUUAUAUUGUACAGACAUAAAUGGAAAUCAGCGGCUGCCUGAAGCGCAGGAAAUGAUUCUAACACCUUGUAAAUGCUUUAAUACGUUCAUGUGAUGCAUUUAGAUCAUGCAAAACCACCGGGACAGUCUGGAAGUUGUUUUCAAUACACAAAUGGUCCUUUUACUGUGCAUUGUGAUAUUGAUUCCAUGUGCCUUUUAUAUCAGGUCAUUCAUUAUGUAAGAACACUUUGUGCAUCAUCCACCUGUAAGGCAAACACUGCAUUAAGAUGAAGAGCAGAUAAUUCCUCUCCGUCUCGCAGUACUGCCUUGUGUGCAACAGGUGUUUUACCGCCUGCGUUGAGUCAUUUCAUUUCCUCUUAUUUGUUAGUUUAAAGGAUUCAUUAUGUAGCCAAUUAAUAACCCCGACGAGUGUGAUAUCAGGCACACACUUGGACAGACGUAGCCUUCGCUCCAUGACCCUGUAUCACCUCAAUCAUGUUGUCAGUUGGACUUAAUGGAUGUAUCUCAGUUGUACUGCUGGUGAGCAGCCCGGGUGUCGCAGGAGCUGUGUAGACUUUGUUGUUUUGCCGUACAGUAUCAGUCGGUGGUAUUCUGUUGUAAAGUCUGUACAAAAAGUCUUCAUGACUGACCCUUAAAAAAUGUAUGGAUCAAUUCCACAACCUGUUGAUGUCCUCCUUUUUAUAUUGUCUCACUUUACAAAUUAUACAUUCAUGUGGUAUCAGAUUUAUUGUUAAUAAAAAUGUCGGACUGCAAAACA